ACACACAAUCCCAAUAAUUAUCCACAAAAGCACACAAGAAGGAAAUUAAAUUUAUUUCACUUGUGCUAGUGACGCGUCAGUGUUAUUUUGCUAUUUGUGCAGACGUGACCGAUGUGAUGCGAGUCUAUGAACAUUUGCCAAUCAAAAAUACAUAAAAAUUCAUAGUGAUUGUGCCUUUUUGGCGAAGUCUUUUCGAUUGUGUCGAUCUGGAUCUGAAUGCGUGGAUACUUGGAUACACCGGCAGAAUAAGAAACAAAAGUGCUGCUGAUUGACAAACUUUGCCCCGAAGACCAUCAAUCCAAUUAGUUUCUACAGCGGUCAACUCGAAUUUGGGGGAAGAAAUGUUGGAAGCAGCGAACCUGGUCCUGAGGAAAUAAGAGGAUGGGAAAGCGGAAGUUUAGAUGAGGCAGUAGCAAACUCUAAAACCGUCCAAUGACACUGCCGAGUGAGUAUACUGAGUUUUGAAAUCCAAAACUAAGCUGUUAUUUCCACAACAACAAAAUGGGAAAUCAACCGUUGACUGUUUCGCUGAUCUUAAUAAUUGGGUUUCUGUUGGCGAAGGUUUCCGCAGGAAUAACCGGCCAAAUAAUUGGAGGCACAAAAGCAAAGCAAACGCAGUUUCCCUUCCAAGCGUUCAUUAUCGCUGACACGUCCAACUACUGCGGAGGUGCGAUAAUUUCCAAGGACUGGGUCAUCACCACCACAAAAUGCAUAUCUAGUUUCAAUAAUUUUGUGGUUCUUGCUGGCGGGAUUGAUCGAGUAAAUGCAAAGGAAAAAGGCGAGCAGGUCUUUACAUCAACGACGAAAAUUGUGCAUGAGAAUUAUAAUAAAGAUAUGGAACUAAAUGACAUUGGCCUCAUCAAAGUUUUGUUUACACUGGACAAAGUGUACGUUGGGGCGUUGCGUUUACCUAAACGCUCGCAAGUGGGAAAUCUCUUUGAAAACCUCAACGUCAUCGCUGCUGGAUUUGGUGUCACAACCAAGACUUCCCAGACACCAAAUCGAUACAUGAUGUUCACCUCCUUGAAAACGAUUGACAAUUACAACUGCUCUCUGAAAUUAGGCUCAAACGUUUUCAACCCAUCAAUCCUUUGCACGGCCGCUGACAGCAAAAAAGGCGUUUGCACGGGUGACGUUGGCGGUCCUUUAGUGUGGAAAGACACAGACGGAAUUUACACGGCAAUAGGAAUUUUUUCUUACUACAAAUUUUCGUGCAUCUCUUACCCCGAGGUCUUCACCAGGGUCACUGCCUUCUUAGAUUGGAUUUCUCAAAAAACUGGGAUUCCUAUUGUAGAAUAA